CAGCAGCAGGUGUCCAGGCCCAGGGGACGCAGGGGCGCCUCCAGCAAACCCAGGGCCGGCCGCGCGCGCAGCCCCACGCAGCUGCUGCGGCUGAAGCGGCACCGGCGCAUGAAGGCGAACGACCGCGAGCGCCACCGCAUGCACCUGCUGAACGAGGCGCUGGACCGGCUGCGCUGCGUGCUGCCCACCUUCCCCGAGGACACCAAGCUCACCAAAAUCGAGACGCUGCGCUUCGCGCACAAUUACAUCUGGGCGCUGAGCCAGACGGUGCGCAUGAUCCACAGCCAGCAGCAGCAGCCGGACGACCCCGCGUCCGCGUCGGCGCCGCCGCCCGUGACGCUGAGCGUGGGCAGCGUGACCGUGAGCAUCGGCGGCGAGCGCGGCAACCUCAUCACGUCGAGCAGCGGCAGCUGCGCCGUCGCGCAGCAGCGCAGGCUCCAGGGCCAGCAGCUGUUCGCCGCCUCCAGCGCUCCAGCCUGCGCCAGCCUGCACGACGACACCUGCUCCAGCUACAGCGACCUCUCCGACUGCUACGGCAGUCCGCCCUCCUACCACCCGCACCACUCAAUGUACCAGUGCAUGUGA